AUGAGCAAGGUUAACAAGGCCCCGCUCUCUCUCUCCCGCCUUAUAACUUUCAUGAAGGGCAAGGAGGACAAGACUGCAGUGCUUGUCGGGACUGUCACCGAUGACAUCCGGGCGUAUGAAGUGCUACCACUUAAGGUCGCCGCUCUGAGGUUCACUGAGAGGGCAAGAGCUCGGAUUGAGAAGGCAGGUGGAGAGUGUUUGACUUUUGACCAGCUUGCUCUUAGAGCUCCCCUUGGCCAGAAUACGGUACUUCUUAGAGGUCCGACAAAGUCUCGUGAAGCAGUGAAGCACUUUGGUCCAGCUCCUGGUGUUCCACACAGCCAUACCAAGCCUUACGUGCGGGCCAAGGGAAGGAAAUUUGAGCGAGCUAGAGGAAGAAGAAACAGCAGAGGCUUUAAGGUUUAG